GCCUGCAGUAUUGGUGAGUCCAGAUGAUGAAGACAGGAGAAGCGGCCUUGCGAUGAAUCAACAUUAGUAAGAAAAUAAGUCAAUACAAGAUGAGACACUACCUAAAACUUAGCAACGGAGGUAACGAAACAUGUUCAUAUUACGGCGCAUAUACGAUGGAUAGUUGUAAUAUGGAGGGAGCGGUGGACUAUGCUUCCCUUCGGUCAUUUUUGGGGGAUUCUCAGUUUGAGAGAGCUUCUGUAAACGCGUCCACGGUUUGGGCGAUUUAGUGAGGCCAUCCACCGGUCUAUAAACAUCAGCAAUACAACAGUUUUUGGCAAUAUCGUGGACAUAUAUUUUCUCUGAAGAUGCGGGAAUAUGAUUUUAUGGGUGGAGCUGCGUUUCCUUAAAUAAAACAUGAGGAACACCGCUCUGUACACGGUGGUCCCAAUGUAUGGGUUGAUUAAUUGCUGUUGAUGUUUGAGUAACGUGACCCGCUGAUGCUUUACGGAACGCGCAUUAUUUUGUUCAUCCUGUUACACCUGCAUGAAGUGACACAGAAUUGUCCAGAAGAUAUAAGAUAUAAUAGCCUCAGAAAUAAUGAAAAUGAUCUCGUGCGUGGAGACCCUCUAGGGUGCCUUGGUUUAUUGGCGUGACAGCUACCAAAACCAUGGACGAAAUGUAUGUAAUCCGACGCAUUGUUUAAAAUGAGACGAUAGACAUCAUGAGUCUUUUGUUUUUGGCUAUAGGGUACUAAUGUUAAGGCACAAAUGCUCCACUUAUUCCUCGAAAAACCAUAACGAUGUUUUAUAGCCAACGAUCAUCAGCUGGGAACAUCAACAAUCACUGUGGUUAUUUUUUGUAAUUGGAAAUUAAACAGUAAUCCAGUUAUUGUCCAUAGGUGCUCGUUCUCUCUAAAUUUAAAUUACAUUAUUAAGAAGCUGUAAACAUGUCGAAAGCUGCCACUAAAGAGAAGAAAUCCUUCAGUAAAAAGCUCUUCCGAAGGGGCUCCGUGCGCUCUGUGGGAAGCUUUAUGAACAGAGUUCUCAGGACACUGUCGACUCUGUCCCAUUUCGGUAACGAGGAGCAAGACGUUGAAGAGAAGGACGAUGCAAGUUUCAUCCCGGCUAACACCGGCGGGUCUGUCCCCUCCGACGACAGUGAAUGUGGCGGGUUCCUAUUUGGUGACAAAGUACCCGGAGUUGCCGGACUAAAGAACCAUGGCAACACCUGCUUCAUGAACGCUAUUUUGCAAUGUCUUAGCAACACGGAACUUUUUGCUGAAUAUUUAGCUUUGGAACAAUACCGUGGAGAGGACAGUAGUCACAGCACCAAUGACAAAUCGACUGAAUCGAAUAAACCGAAGUCAACAAAUGGUGUCUGUAUCCAAAGAAAGGUACACCCACAGGAGUCGGGUGAAGUCACGGAGCAGCUUUCUGGUCUUGUCCGCGCUUUGUGGACGUUUGAGUACACCCCACAACACAGUCGAGAAUUCAAGAAUGUUGUGUCGAAGAGUGCACUGCAGUUCCGGGGCAACGCCCAGCAUGAUGCCCAGGAAUUCCUUCUGUGGCUCCUGGACAGAGUUCACGAGGACCUCAACAACAUCAUCCUGCCUAGCAGCAGGCCACCCAGAAAGCCUCCGUUGGAGGAAGAAAAUGUCCCUGAAGGAUCCUCAUUACCAGCAGCUGGUUCCUUCGUACAAGAGUUAUUUCAGGCUCAAUACAGGUCCUCCCUAACUUGUCCUCACUGCCAGAAGCAGAGCAAUACCUUUGACCCUUUCCUCUGCAUCUCACUGCCCAUCCCGGUACCACACACUCGGCCCCUGUAUGUGACGGUGGUGUACCAGGGAAAGUGUUCCCACUGUAUGAGAGUGGGUGUUGCGGUGCCUCUCUCCAGUACUGUUUCCAGACUCAGAAAGGCUGUGGCCCAGGAGACCAAAAUACCCUCUGAACAGAUUGUCCUUACUGAAAUGUACUCGGAUGGCUUUCACCGCUCCUUCUGUGACGAUGAUGACGACCUUGAGAUCAUUCAAGAGAGCGACUCCAUAUUUGCCUUUGAAACACCUGAGCUGUUUAGACCAGAGCAGAUUCGCUCUCAGCGAGAAGGUCCUCAUGCUAAUCUGAACCAGAACAACCUAAAGUAUGGGACAGAUAACAACAGAAUACAGGUGUCAACUACAAUAGAAGAGGCAGGGACUCCUCCCCCGAGCCCAAAUAAGAACAGUGGGGCUGACAAGAUCAUUCUGCUGGUGUGUAACAGAGCAUGCGCUGGACAGCAGGGACGCAGGUUUGGUCAUCCGUUUGUGCUGUAUCUGGAGAGAGCAGUUACCUGGGAUGUUCUGCAGAAAGAGAUCCUGGAGAAGAUGCGUCACCUUUUGCGUCCUGGGGUCUUUGUUCAGGUUAGGCCCUUUAGUUUACGUGUGGUGGGGGUGGUUGGAAUCACGUAUCUCCUACCUCAAGAGGAGCAACCACUGUGCCACUCCUCUGUGGAGAGAGCGUAUAAAUCUUGCGGUCCGGGAGGUCCCCCACAUGUGAAGAUUGUGGUGGAAUGGGACAAAGAGACAAAAGACUAUCUUUUCAAACGCACUGAGGACGAGUACAUCCCUGAUGCUGAGAGUGUACGGCAACAGAAAGAUGGACACCUGCAGCCUCAGACGUGCUCCCUUGCCCAGUGCUUUCAGCUGUACACCAAAGAGGAACAGCUGGCUCCAGAUGAUGCCUGGCGUUGCCCCCACUGUAAGCAGCUACAGCAGGGCAGUAUCAAGCUGAGCCUUUGGACCCUGCCUGACAUCCUCAUACUACACCUCAAACGCUUCAGACAGGAUGGGGACCGGAGGAUGAAGAUGCAGAACAUGGUGAAGUUCCCUCUGAUCGGGAUGGACAUGGCACCCCAUAUGGUCAAGCGAAGCCAGAGCAGUUGGAGUUUGCCCUCGCACUGGUCACCAUGGAGACGACCUUAUGGGAUGGGCCGAGAUCCUGAGGACUACCUAUAUGACCUCUACGCUGUGUGUAAUCACCAUGGGACAAUGGCAGGAGGUCAUUACACAGCUCACUGUAAGAACUCCAUUGAUGGCAUGUGGUACUGCUUUGACGACAGUGAUGUCCAUGCCAUCUCUGACGAUGAAGUUUGCAAGCAGAAUGCCUACAUUUUGUUUUAUCAAAGACGGGCCACUAUACCAUCAUGGUCAGCAAACAGCUCAGUUGCAGGUUCGACCAGCUCGUCUCUGUGUGAACACUGGAUCAGCAGGCUGAUUGGGAGUCGUCCUCCCAGCCAGGCGUCGUCCGGCUCCUCCAGACGCACCUCGCUAGCUUCCCUAUCAGAGUCAGCCGAAUUUGCUGGGGAACGCAGCGAAGACGACGGCUUCUCCACCCGUCCAGCGGUGCGGAGCAUCCAGAGACAGACCUUCUCCUCGCGCUCCAACAUGGCCAGCCCUCUGGCCCUUAGUGAGAACGGCUCCAAACCCUCCUGGUCACUCUCCACCAAGCUGCAUUUGCGCUCAAACUCACCCUCACGGUUUUCCCUGGAGUCCCAUUCCUCCUCGCCCACCCUGGAGAGGAUAGGCGAGGCGGUUGAUGACAAGGUCUCCACCUCUUGCUUCAGUGGCUUGGUGAAACCCGAGGCUAGGGCUGGAGGUAAGACGCACCUGUUGGCGUUGGACGGAAAUGCAGGGCCUAAGAGGCUCUUGGAGCAGGUGCACUCCAAGACAACUCCCCAGCCUGAGCUAAGGACCGCCAGCCCAGCAGGUGAUAACAAUAACACGGGCACAGUUGUGGAGCCAGGCAGCCCUGGUCAAGGAGCAGUUGCAAAGGAGCCCAAACAAAGAGGACCAGGGGGAGGGGAAGGCACAGGGUCAAGGAGAAGCUCAGCCAAGACCGUUGAGUCUGAGAAGAGCCCCAAGAAGCGACCCUCCACUCCCUCCCACACCUCUGUGACCCACACAUCAUCACCAUCUCGAACACAAGCCAAGAGCACAGUGACUACAGCGUCUAACCCCAAAGAAAAAAGCGAGGGGGCAGUUACCAAAACCGGCAAGACCUCUUCCACCAAAGCACCUACCCCCACCAAAAAGGAACCAUUGCAGACCCCGGAAACACUGCACCCUGAAACUACUAAGCAAAGGAAAGGCAGUUCCCCUGGGUCCCAGGGUUCCUCUGCAAAGCCAACACCAAGGAAGACAUCCCCCAGAGGGGCAGCCGAGAGGAGCUCUGCAUCAGCCAGAGCCAGAGCAGCCGAGAGAAGUACAAGCCGUGAAACGUCUCGGACCACCUCAGUUACAGACAGAGGAGUGAUCCAUGGCGGACCCUCUUCCAGGGCCAGUGGUGGUACCUCCCGGGGAGGGGAUGGGAGUGGGGCUGGCCGGGGAGAUGGUAGGUCGGUGCGAGGGGCGGAGAACAGGGCUGGGGGGAGGAGCUCCAGCAGCAGCUCCUCCAUGACCAGCCUGCGAUCGUCCAGUGUGGGCGUGGCACCAACAAGUGCAGCAGCAGCGACCCCGAGGGGACCAAGGAGGAACAGCAAGACAGAGGAAAAGGGGCUCAACUUCUUCAAGAGCGCCCUGAGGCAAAAAGAAACACGCAAGCCCACAGAUGGAGGGAAGCUGACGCCUAUGGCCAAAGGAGGAACAGGGGAGGCUAAAGGCAGCCCAGAGGAAGGGUCUGGGGAAGGGUUAGGAGAUGGGGUGGGAGACGGAACUGCUAAAAGGACCCAGCAGGGGAACCCAGAGGCCCAGGUGAACACGCCUGCGGCCAAAGACAAGGAAUCCUCCAAGACAUCCACCUCAGCCAAGCACUCCAUAAAGUCCAAGUCCUCCGGAGUAGAGACGGGCAUGAUUGAGAAAGCCUCAGCCAAUGGGAAAAAACCUAUGGAAAAGAAGUUACCGCCAUCCAGAAAGAUUCCCAUCAAUUCAACACGAAUCACCCAGAAACCCAAGUGAAAUAUCUUCAGGGACCCAAAAAGGCUCACUUUAUUGCAGCUGUAAGGUAUCUCAAACAUUAAACUAGAUCUCCUCUUUGGGAGAGACUUUUGAAGAGCACGUCUAGCUGUUUGUUGGCCCGGGAUGAUGGCAAGCUGCCGUAUCUGACAGCCUAUCACUGUCCACUUUAUGAUAUGGAUUGAAAAAAAGCACUUUGUAUGGAUUGCAUUGUUAAUACUUUUUUUUUUAAUGAUAUUAAUCAAAUGAAUUAUUAUAUAAAAAUAUGAACUGCACAUUACAUUUGUACCUGGUUCUGUAGCAUACUUUGACCAGAUUGUCUUGGGCAAACAUCUACAUGAACUUGUGUAGCAAGCAAGUAUGUUUGUUAAGCAAUGUAAUGAUGAGAAACCCUGUGAAUCACACCAUAGAUCAAACAUGGACUGCUACUCUGUCACCAGAGCUUAUUAACGGGCUGUGUUUACAUCUCUAACGUCUUUGUACUUUUCAGAGUUACUGUAUGGGGUCCACUUUCAAACAGGUCAAAACAUUCCACACCAGUCACGGCAUUUAAAUGAAGCCAUGAAAUAAACACCAGUAGCUAUCAUAUGCCCUUAAUUAGAUACAGUAUAGCUAAUUAGAUAUAGUAUAGGCCAGUACAUGACUAAUCCCAGAUAGAGUAAAUGUCUAAUCCCAAAUAAACUGGUAUUAAUUGACAAUGGGUAAUGGGUUGAUAAUCUUAAUAGUGCAAUUACAGAUUUAUAUUAAUCAUUUCACUACAACAGCUCUUGGAUGUCAUAGUACUUGGUAUGAUAAAAAUAACCCCUAUUUAUCAGUAGUGAAUAUGUUAAAAACCUGUCCGGCAUAUGGUAUAUAGGACAUUGAACAGUCUGUAUCCAGGAUUAGAGGCGUGCAUACCUGCCAAUAACAGAGCCGAUGGGGACCCAUUGGAAAUAUACAAAAAAGGAAGUGACAUCUUUCUGAUUCUGGAUGGUUGGGACUGUGUGUUUCUGCACUCUACCUCUGGUUGUACUGAUUUUGGAAGAUUAGUGACAUCAUAGUGUGACAUAAUUACCCCCCGAGUGCCCUAACAGCCCUGUUUACUUCUGCUCUCAUUCGGUGACCUCUAUCGCCGCAGAUGGUGGGGUCAAUGCCUUAUGGGGAACCACAUUCAGACUGCCAGACAUCUCGAAACAUUCCUAACGACGAACACAGGGUCGAUGUAACGAGUUACACUCAAGGCCGUCGAAGACUUUAGUGAAGACAGUACAUGAGGAACAUCUUUUAGAGCACCAUGCAGUAUGGCGUGUUUGAAUCCACCCAGUCCUCUACUGUUUUUCUCUGUGACAUCACAGCUUGUGCCUGUGCACAUUUUCGCUUAUGCGCUACCAAGCAGAGUUCUGCGUCGAAUGCACUGACGUAGAUUCAGAAAAGUGAUUGCUAUGUUGAAAUAUAUGACCGCAAUCUUUUGCAUGAAACUGCUUAUGCAUGCACUAAACUAUGCAAGCAACUCUUGCUAAUGUCCACACUAAGUAAUACUGCUACUUUUGGAUGUGUAAAUAUUUCUAACUGUAUUUUUUCAGAUGCCAGCAUCAGACAGCAUGUUCAGGCAUAGUCCAAUGCUUUGUUUGCACAUUUUCUUCAGAGUAUAAAACAUUUUUGAAUGAAUGAUAGUAUUGCUCAUUCACCUUCUUAAAGUAAAUCUACUCACUUGCAAAGAAAUUAUUUCGGUAUUGUAUUUAUUUGUCUCAUAUUUGAUUCCAAACAAUUUUUAAGGGAAAUGCUACUUGACCUCUGCAACCAAAUGUCUCCAAAUGUCAAAUAGCUACAUUUAGAAAUAUGUUUGUUGGUCACUGGUAUACACACAUUUUCAUGCUUUGAGAGUAGGUACUUUGUGGUUUUAUUGACCAUAUCCCAUAAUAAUUGAUGUUAUUACUUAAUUGAAUUUGCCCUUUUCUUAUUGGGCAAAAGUGGAAUACUUCACAGAUCUCUCAUCUAAAUACUGUGUCUUGCUAUGAUCUCCCUAACUCUUUUCAGAAUGACCCUUUACGGAAGGUUGACUUUUGUCCACUUUGAUGUUUUAAUCAACAGAACCUCUAACCACACUGCCUUCUGUUGCCUUGUUAAAAAUACAAGGAAUUUCCAAGGAAUAACCCUUAGAUUAUAUUAUAUGAAAUGUAUUUGAUAAAUUAAAUGAAAUUACAUUAUUUUUACAGAAAAAUAAUGUAAUUUCUGAUGUUUUACAGAAAAACGUGGCUGUUUUUUUUCUCUAAAAGAGAACGUGACAACAAAUCUGUCUCUUGUCUUUUUUAGAAAAGUAUAAAGCUACUUUUGAAACAAAAUCUAUUUCUAUGAGCAAUUGUGUUAGUAUAAAAUCAUAUAAUUUUGCUUUUUCUUAGCACACAAUAUAGCUCAGUAUUUUAGUUACUUAUUUAAUGAAGUCUUAUUGUGCAACUUGCUCAACUGUCUAGGCUGACAUACAUUUUAGAGGUGACAUUAAUACAGAGGUCAAUACACUAAUAAUAUUAGCUUACAUACCGGCACACUGUGCAUAACACAACAGAAUGUUUUACUUUGCGUUUCUGUCUGGAUAAGUUGAUGUACAAAUAAGGUGUUUGUAAAAUAAUAUCUUGCUGUACAGCUAAACAGUAUUUUUACUGUCAACCUUGCAAUUAGCUGUUAAAUAACUGAUUUCUGCCCCCAGGAUGUGUGCUGGUGAUUAAGAGACUGGAAUACUAGCGAUGGUGUACGAAACAUAAUAAAACAACAUAAAAGCUUGAAAUCUUAAUUAUGUUCAAAUGGAAUGGGGAUUUAGUAGGCAAAAAUGUAAAAUACUAGGCAUUAUUUAUUUUUGGCAAAUGCACGAGAAUGUCAAUGCUAUUUCAUUUUUUAAUUAUAUUUGUAUAUGUUGUGAUAUUUUUUGAAUAUGGAAUGCACUUUUAACGACUCAAUUCUGAAACGUUUAAUUUUUAACGUUUUAAAGGAUUCAUUACUUCAAAGCAAUGUUUGUAUAUGUCAUUCAUUUAGCAAUGCAAGAACAAAAACAUUUCAUAUAAUAAAAAUAAUUGUUGAUUUA